CCCUUCUCCUCCUUCUCCAUCCUCUGUGAGGACCCCCAGCCCUUCUCCUCCUUCUCCAUCCUCUGUGAGGACCCCCAGCCCUUCUCCUCCUUCUCCAUCCUCUGUGAGGACCCCCAGCCCUUCUCCUCCUUCUCCAUCCUCUGUGAGGACCCCCAGCCCUUCUCCUCCUUCUCCAUCCUCUGUGAUGACCCCCAGCCCUUCUCCUCCUUCUCCAUCCUCUCCCUCAUUUACCACCAGACCCCGGCACCCGACCGCUUCUUCACCCAUCGGCUGAUGGUGUGGAUGCCAUACCACCUGUGGAAGGUGAAGGUGUCCUGCCCGGCUUGUGGGAAGCAGCUGACGGGCUAUGGCGUCCACAAGAAGGCUCGAAAGGUCCUAGACAUCGACGGGUAUUACCUGAUGGUGACAGAGACACUCAGCCUGCUGCCUCUUUCCCGCCUGCUGCCUCCUUCCAGCUGUCCUCCUGUCCUCAGCUGCGUCCCCAGCGGCAGCUCCUCCCUGCUCCACCAUCAGGUCCUCAGCUGCGUCCCCAGCGGCAGCUCCUCCCUGAUACACCAUCAGGUCCUCAGCUGCGUCCCCAGCGGCAGCUCCUCCCUGCUCCACCAUCAGGUCCUCAGCUGCGUCCCCAGCGGCAGCUCCUCCCUGCUCCACCAUCAGGUCCUCAGCUGCGUCCCCAGCGGCAGCUCCUCCCUGCUCCACCAUCAGGUCCUCAGCUGCGUCCCCAGCGGCAGCUCCUCCCUGAUACACCAUCAGGUCCUCAGCUGCGUCCCCAGCGGCAGCUCCUCCCUGCUCCACCAUCAGGUCCUCAGCUGCGUCCCCAGCGGCAGCUCCUCCCUGCUCCACCAUCAGGUCCUCAGCUGCGUCCCCAGCGGCAGCUCCUCCCUGCUCCACCAUCAGGUCCUCAGCUGCGUCCCCAGCGGCAGCUCCUCCCUGCUAAAUCUUCAGGUCCUCAGCUGCGUCCCCAGUGGCAGCUCCUCCCUGCUACACCAUCAGGUCCUCAGCUGCGUCCCCAGCGGCAGCUCCUCCCUGCUACACCAUCAGGUCCUCAGCUGCGUCCCCAGCGGCAGCUCCUCCCUGCUACACCAUCAGGUCCUCAGCUGCGUCCCCAGCGGCAGCUCCUCCCUGCUCCACCAUCAG